AUGGCGGCGGCGGCGGGCGCCCCUCCACCGGGUCCGCCGCGCUCUCCGCCGCCGCCGCCUGAGGAGUCGUCGGACAGCGAGCCCGAGGCGGAGCCAGGCUCCCCGCAGAAGCUCAUCCGCAAGGUGUCCACGUCGGGCCAGAUCCGUCAGAAGACCAUCAUCAAAGAGGGUAUGCUGACCAAACAGAACAAUUCAUUCCAGCGAUCAAAGAGGAGGUACUUCAAGCUUCGAGGGAGAACUCUGUACUACGCCAAAACUGCAAAGUCGAUCAUAUUUGAUGAGGUGGACCUGACAGAUGCCAGUGUGGCUGAAUCCAGCACCAAAAACGUCAACAACAGUUUCACGGUCAUCACUCCAUGUAGGAAGCUCAUCUUGUGUGCUGAUAACAGAAAAGAAAUGGAAGACUGGAUUGCAGCACUCAAGACCGUCCAGAACAGGGAGCAUUUUGAGCCUACCCAGUACAGCAUGGACCAUUUCUCAGGGAUGCACAACUGGUACGCCUGUUCCCAUGCAAGGCCAACUUACUGCAACGUGUGUCGUGAGGCUCUGUCUGGGGUCACGUCCCACGGGCUGUCCUGUGAAGUGUGCAAAUUUAAGGCCCAUAAACGGUGUGCUGUGCGUGCAACCAAUAACUGCAAGUGGACCACGCUGGCCUCAAUCGGGAAGGACAUCAUCGAGGAUGAGGAUGGGAUCGCUAUGCCCCACCAGUGGCUAGAGGGAAACCUUCCCGUGAGUGCCAAGUGCACAGUAUGCGACAAGACCUGUGGCAGUGUGCUACGUCUGCAGGACUGGCGCUGCCUGUGGUGCAAGGCCAUGGUUCACACGGCGUGUAAAGAGUCCUUGUUGACCAAGUGCCCACUUGGCCUGUGCAAGGUGUCAGUCAUCCCUCCUACAGCGCUCAACAGCAUCGACUCAGAUGGGUUUUGGAAGGCCACCUGCCCCCCGUCUUGCACAAGCCCCUUGUUGGUCUUUGUCAAUUCCAAAAGUGGGGACAAUCAGGGUGUGAAGUUCCUCAGAAGAUUCAAGCAGCUGCUGAACCCCGCCCAGGUCUUUGACCUCAUGAACGGAGGACCGCACCUCGGUUUACGGUUAUUCCAGAAAUUUGACACCUUCCGGAUUCUCGUUUGUGGUGGAGAUGGCAGUGUUGGCUGGGUCCUCUCUGAAAUUGACAGCCUCAACCUUCACAAACAGUGUCAGCUGGGAGUGCUGCCUCUGGGAACGGGGAAUGACCUGGCCCGUGUGCUCGGCUGGGGCUCGGCCUGCGAUGAUGACACCCAGCUCCCCCAGAUCUUGGCAAAGUUGGAGAGGGCCAGCACUAAGAUGCUGGACAGGUGGAGUGUCAUGGCAUAUGAGACCAAACUCCCUCGGCAGGUCUCCUCCUCCACUGUCACUGAAGACUUCAGUGAGGACUCUGAGGUGCAGCAAAUUCUCUUCUAUGAAGACUCGGUUGCAGCCCAUCUUUCUAAAAUUCUGACAUCAGACCAGCACUCGGUAGUUAUCUCAUCAGCCAAAGUGCUCUGUGAGACUGUGAAGGACUUUGUGGCUCGGGUAGGCAAAGCCUACGAAAAGACGACAGAGAGCUCAGGGGAGUCAGAGGUCAUGGCUAAGAAGUGCUCUGUCCUGAAGGAAAAGCUGGACUCUCUCCUCAAGACCUUGGAUGAUGAAUCCCAGGCAUCGUCCUCUCUGCCCAACCCACCUCCCACCAUUGCUGAGGAGGCUGAAGAUGGCGAUGGGUCUGGCAGCAUCUGUGGCUCCACAGGGGACCGCCCUGUGGGCUCUGUGUGCCCCUCUCGACCACAGAUCUUCCGGCCUCGUGAACAGCUCAUGUUGAGAGCAAACAGCCUGAAGAAAGCCAUUCGCCAAAUUAUAGAACACACUGAAAAAGCGGUCGAUGAGCAGAACGCCCAGACCCAGGAGCAGCAGGGUUUUGUCCUAGGCCUCUCCGAGUCAGAUGAGAAGAAGGACCUGAAGAUGGACAAUAGGGUGUGCCCACCGACCUCCCACAGUGAGAGCUGUGGAGUGGUAAAAGGGAGGAGCCACCGCAAAGCAUCCAGAUCCCCGUGUGAAAAGCUGAUGAGCAAAGGAGUUCUGUCCCUGGGCAGCUCUGCCUCUCUCCCUCCUCAGACGGGAAGUCGGGAUGGCCUGCCUGCACUGAAUACCAAGAUCCUAUAUCCAAGUGUUCGGGCUGGGAUGUCUGGCUCCUUGCCCGGGGGCUCAGUCAUCAGUCGCUUAUUAAUAAAUGCUGAUCCAUUUAAUGCUGAACCUGAAAACCUAGAGUACUACACAGAGAAGUGUGUCAUGAACAACUAUUUCGGCAUUGGUCUGGAUGCAAAGAUAUCGCUGGACUUCAACAACAAACGUGAUGAGCACCCAGAGAAAUGCAGGAGUCGGACCAAGAACAUGAUGUGGUAUGGCGUCCUUGGCACCAAAGAGCUGCUGCACAGAACCUACAAGAAUCUGGAGCAGAAGGUCUUGCUGGAGUGUGAUGGGCGACCGAUCCCCCUCCCCAGUCUUCAGGGAAUUGCCGUCCUCAACAUUCCCAGCUAUGCCGGAGGAACCAACUUCUGGGGGGGUACCAAGGAAGAUGAUACUUUUGCAGCUCCAUCAUUCGACGAUAAGAUUUUGGAAGUGGUUGCUGUGUUUGGCAGUAUGCAGAUGGCCGUGUCUCGUGUAAUUAAGCUGCAGCAUCACCGAAUUGCCCAGUGUCGAACGGUGAAGAUCUCCAUCCUGGGGGACGAGGGCGUACCUGUGCAAGUGGACGGAGAGGCCUGGAUUCAGCCACCAGGGUAUAUUCGGAUUGUCCACAAGAACCGGGCACAAACACUAACCAGAGACAGGGCCUUUGAGAGCACCUUGAAGUCCUGGGAGGACAAGCAGAAGUGCGAGCUGCCCCGCCCACCGUCUUUCUCACUGCACCCAGAGAUCCUGUCUGAAGAGGAGGCCACCCAGAUGGACCAGUUUGGGCAGGCUGCAGGGGUCCUCAUUCACAGCAUCCGGGAAAUAGCUCAGUCCCAUCGAGACAUGGAACAGGAACUCGCUCAUGCUGUCAAUGCUAGCUCCAAGGCUAUGGACCGAGUAUAUGGCAAGCCCAGAGCUGCAGAGGGACUGAAUUACAGCUUCGUCCUGGAAAUGGUGAAUAACAUCAGAGCUCUGCGCAGUGAGACGGAACUGCUGCUGGCUGGGAAGAUGGCCCUGCAGUUGGACCCCCCUCAGAAGGAGCGGCUUGGGGCUGCCCUCGCUGAGAUGGACCGGCAGCUCGGGAAACUGGCAGACACCCCCUGGCUAUGCCAGCCCACAGAGCCUGGCGAAGAAGAGAAUGUGAUGCUGGAUCUUUCUAAGCGCAGCCGCAGUGGCAAAUUCCGCCUUGUGACCAAGUUUAAAAAGGAGAAAAACAAUAAGAACAAGGAAGCUUACAGUAGCCUGGGAGCCCCUGUUCACCUUUGGGGGACAGAGGAGGUUGCUGCCUGGCUGGAGCACCUCAGUCUCUGUGAGUAUAAGGACACCUUCAUGCGACACGACAUCCGGGGCUCUGAGCUCCUGCACCUGGAGCGGAGGGACCUCAAGGACCUUGGGGUGACCAAAGUGGGCCACAUGAAGAGGAUCCUGUGUGGAAUCAAGGAGCUGAGCCGGAGCUCUCCUGCCGCCGAGGCCUAGCCUCUGCCUUCUCCGCCUGUAUCCUUCGCUCCUCCCGCGACUGAGGCCCGGGGUGGACCCUGCUGCCCCGCAGCCCCUGGCCUUUCUCAUGGUGCUAUUCCCUUGUUAGUGACAGGAAGCCUCUCUGACGCCUGGUGGUAACAGCUCUGGGUUUUGAACAUACCAACAUAGCUACCUUUGAAAUAACACCUUUCCCAGCUGGAGCCAUUUGGGGCAAACUGUGUGAUGCCCACUCUCAGCCCUGGCUGACCUGCAAUGUGGGGCACAGGGAAUGUGGUGAAGUCUGGCUUUCUGGGCACCAGGCGCUCCAGCAGAAAAACUGCCUAGGCUCUCUCAGCUUGUCCUGUGGGUUCCUCUCUGGGUGUCCUCAGAGGGGUAGUGCUAUCUCUGCCCCUGCUGGCUCUAAGAGCAUGGGUGGGGCCUAGCCCCCACCAGAACGUUCUCUGUGCCUGACAACCACCCCGUGGUUCUUCACAGCAGCCCCGCAAGGCCACCCACUGCUGUCGUCCUGUUUACUCAUAAGGUGUUUUUUCUUUUUAAACAGAGGUCAUGCACUUUCCUGGUUUGAAAGUGGCAUAGAUGUAUUUAUAGUCCUGUUUGUUUUCAUCUGAUAGAAGAAAAAGGAAGGAAAGCUCCUGCUGAGGCCAGGUCAGCAGGUCGCUCUCUUGUUGAGCUAGCUGGCAUUCCAUUGGCUUCAGGGCCUUCAACCCUUGUCCUCCUCUGAGCUGUGGGCAUGGGACGUUCCUUCUGUCUCCAUAGGCCUCUGGACUCCAGCUUGGGACAGAUAUAAGGGUGUGGGCUUGUAUUAGUUCAGUCUUCCUGUGGAGAGAAAGCAUCCAGGGCUCUGGGAAAAUCUCCUGUUCUGUGGGAGAAUGACCAGGUUCCUUGGGUAAGCAGGGCAUUCUAUGCCCCUCUUCCUCUGGGUAGCCCAGAGUUUCUGGCCUUGUGCUGUUGUGUCUGCUGCUGCCAUGCCUGGUAUCCCUGGGGGCGUCUAUGGGGAGUCUGACUUGGUAGCUUGCAUUGCUUCUGGCUCAGUUCCAGCCCCAGCCCCUGGGCAUGGCUGGCUCUGAACCAGCAGAUGGCAGUGCUAGUGGGUGGGGAGUUUACAAGCAGUGCUGCAUCCUGUGGGCAGCAGUCCCCAGGUGGGGGACACCCUGGUCCUCACUGCGACUGACCUUGCCCUUUUUUCUCCUUUUAAAGAUGGUCAUCCCCUCCUGGAAAGGGGUUUAUAUAACCUAGCCUCUGACCUAGGAAGGGCUGCCAGACUGUGACUCGUAGAGGGGCAGUGUGGAACAUCUGUAGUACUGCCCCACCUGACCUGGCAGGCCUCCCUUAGUGGAAGGCUGCUAAGGGCAUUGUCCAAGGGCAUCUUCAGAGCUGGGUUCCCCCAGUGUGGAGGGGGUGGGGAGUGUCCAGGCUCUGAGUGGUUGGCAGUUCCAGUGCUUCACCUGCCACUCACUCUGUAGACCUUGUGGUCAGUUUCCCUUUACUGGUGCCCUGCUCUGGUGGUCUUGUUAGGGGCUAGUUCCACCAAGUCCUGUAGUAGUGUGGAGAGGCAGACAACACAUUUCCUGGCCUGGCCUUGCCCUCCUCCCCUUCCCGACCCCAGGCCUAGGAUUCCCUGAGUGAAGAGUUGGUGUUAGGAACUACUGCUCUGUACAUGCAUUUACCAUCUCACUGGAAGCAAUAUGGAGUGGGAGUAGUUGUCACUUUUUCUGUCUGGGGUCUGUCUCCCAUCGGAUAGUUGUUUAAGACAGAGGGAUGCAAAGGACGGAAUCACCUAGCACAGAAGUCACUUGGUUUUCAGACAGGCUAACAGACGAGGUGGCGCAAGCCUGUGCUCUGUAAGAGCAAACCCUGAAACAGGUUGAAACUGAGGAGAGCAGGACACAUGAGGAUGAGAAGCAGCUGAUGGAGGCACCAGGGCUCCCUCAAGUCCUUAGUGUCAACCUUUUGGGAAAGCACUGGGAUUGGGUUGGCAUGUUGUUAAAAGUCAGUGUUGUCAGUGGCGAAAGCAGCACUGUUGAUGUAAAAUCACUUCGCGUUCUCAGAAGUCAGGUGAAAGAACCAGUGUGAAUGCUGGAGGAACCUACCAGGUGGCCAUGGGCCUGUAGUCCAUGGUGCCCUGGCCAUCGCCACCCUGCCCCAAGUUCCCUGUGGUGGUUCCUCAGAGUUCCAGAGCCCCGCAGUCAUGGUUCUAUCUGUGGAGAGGGAAGGAAGGCAGGGUCUCUGAGAUCUUGGAGAAAAGGUUUUGUGCCCACAGGUGGGGCCUACCCUCAUAUUUAUAAUCUUAAUUUAUACAGCAACCACCUGGGAGCAGAUGCCUCCUGUAUUGUUCUGUACAUAAUCCACAUCGGAGAGUUGUAAAUAAGUUCUUCUGUGUAUAAAUAAAACAAGCCUGUUUUUGAUCUUCAAUGGUCAAGAGUCCUUGUCAUCAUUCUUGGUGUUCUGACUUAAAAUAUUGGUUGCCAAACUGACUACAUAGUCUUU